AGAAAAGCUUCCCUAUUCUGACAGGCUACAGUCACGGUCUUCUCUUCAAGGCAACUCUUCACUUAGCAGCAGCAGUAAAUGAAUACUAAAAAAAGUAAAUGCACAAUAAAGUCUUUUAUCAAAUGCUGAGUUAAAUUAUUAGUUAUAUGGACAUACUGAACACUCGUAAACGGUAAUUAGUUCGAGUAAUGGGUAAUGUGCAGACAACUCUUAAGUCUAGCGGGGACUUCAUACAAGCUACGACCAUCGACAACCUUCCAUCAAGAGUAAGGGAAAAGGAACCCGCAGUGGUGUUAAAUGAUUAUCCUCCCCCUGAAAUUUGCGAGCCCCUGUUCAGGACAGGAGACUGGCUGAGACUCAUAUCUGAAGAGGGCUACUGGGUGAAGGCUUACUCUCUCCAGACAAGAGUGGAAAACCACAUCCCACGCUGCCAUGUAGCUAAGGUUUACCACAGGUGGUUGUUUGAAGGGGUUGCAAGACAAAAAGCUGAGGAGCUUCUUCAGCUGCCUGGGAACAGAGUCGGUUCUUUCAUGAUCAGAGAGAGCAGAAGGGGUGUGUAUAGCCUAUCUGUGCGCCACAGAUCUAUAAUGCAUUAUCGGAUACUCCGUCUACCAAACAACUGGUAUUUCAUCUCUCCACGCCUAACGUUCCAGUGUCUAGAGGACCUGGUCAACCACUACUCAGACAUAGCAGAUGGUCUGUGUUGUAUACUCACUGGUCCUUGCCUGGCAGCUCCUGACUCAGUACACACAUCUCAGUCUGCUCCUAUAGUAAGAGCUCAUGGCUUGAACUGGACUGGAAUGGACAGAACGGAUCUUGACCAGCAGAACACCACUGCCGUCUCUGCACAAUGCAGAUUGAACAUCAGUGCUGGCGUGCAGGACAGUGUAUCGUCCUAUCUCUUUCUGGCAGGAGUGGAAGAGAAAAAAAGACAUAGCGGGGGGAGAAAAAAGUGGAGAUCUAUCUACUCAUUUCCAAGACAAAAUAUGUACAAUAGAGUCCCAGAGGAAGAGGACCAGGAAGAGGAAUACUAAACAAAAGGGACAAAACAAAAUUAACUAAAAUCUAUACCCCAAAUGGACAAAAGCUAAGGGAUAAGGUUCUUUUCUUUCUUAUAUUAGAAGGACACCUUGCCACAGGUGUAUGAAUGUAGAGAACUGAGCAAGUUAAAUAUUUUUGCUCAAAGUAUUGCACUAUUUUAAUACUGCCUGCUCCUUAAUACCAAAGAUGGACACAGAUUUUUUACUAUUGUACUUUGUCUUUAUACUUGCACAUCAUCCUCUCUUGAUUCAAACAUUUACCAUAAGAAGAACCUGUUGAAACAGAGACGAAGAUGAAGAUGAGGACAGAUGAAGGCUGGCAAUGUCAGCACCAUUUCUGUCUGCUCCCACUGUCACCCUGGUGGGGUCUCCUCCAAAAAGUGCGAUGUUCUCCUGUACCCACUCCAGCACCGCUGCCUGGUCCUGGAGCCCAUAGUUCUCCGAAAAAUUACUGGAACCUGUAAUCAUGUAGCUAAGUGAACUAAAAUGUUGUAAAUGAGUUUUUACAAUCCACAAUCUAGUAAUCUAGAUAUAUAAUAAUGGAUACCAUAUUUAACAGUCACCUCAUAUCUGGCUAUAAAUCAUAUCACACUAAAAUGUGAACCUAAAGCAUAAAAUUCUUUAAAGGAUAGAAAGUUAGUGUUGUCUGGAACAGACUAGCUUCUUACUAAAUAAAUAAUAAAGCUAUAUAAUAAAAACAAUGUGUUUCUA